AUGCCGUUCGGCCUCAAGAACGCCGGUGCUACCUACAUGAGAGCCAUGGCGACUAUUUUCCAUGACAUGAUUCACAAGGAAAUUGAAAUGUACGUGGACGAUGUCAUAAUCAAAUCCCGCGAGAGUUCGGAUCAUGUGACACACCUGAGAAAAUUCUUUGAACGUUUGCGUCGGUACAACUUGAAGCUAAAUCCCGCCAAAUGUGCUUUUGGAGUCCCAGCUGGGAAGUUGUUGGGGUUUAUAGUCAGCAGAAGAGUAUUGGUUCCUCCACGAGAAGGGAGUCCUUUGUUGCUGUAUUUGUCUGUUUCGGAUAGUGCCUUUGGGUGUGUACUUGGCCAACACGACGAGACAGGAAAGAAGGAAAAUUCUAUUUACUACAUAAGCAAGAAAUUUACUCCAUACGAGUCUCGGUAUACUUUGCUGGAGAGAACGUGUUGUGCUGAUGUGGCUUGCCUAGAAAUUGAGACACUACUUGUCUUCAUACACCACGUAUCUCAUUUCCAGAAUGGAUCCAUUGAAGUACAUUUUCCAAAAAGCGAUGCCGACUGGAAAAAGGCAAUAAAGGCACAAGCUUUGGCUGAUCAUCUUGCAGAAAAUCCCAUUGACGAAGAAUAUGAACCUCUCAAGACAUAUUUUCACGACGAAGAAGUGUCAUUCAUGGGUGAAGAUAUUUCUGAAGUGUAUCCAGGUUGGAGAUUAUUCCUUGAUGGAGCGGCAAAUCACCAGGGUAAAGGUGUUGGGGCAGUCUUGGUAUCAGAAUCUGGUCAGCACUAUCCUAUUGCGGCUAAACUGCGAUUCAACUACACAAACAACAUGGCUGAAUACGAAGCUUGUAUUCUUGGUAUAAAAAUGGCCGUUGACAUGAAUGUUUACGAGUUACUGUUUCGCAAGAUCGAGUUCAGACAUACUCCCAAAAUACAGAAUGAAUUAGUUGAUGCUCUUGACACAAUCGCUUCGAUGAUCAAACAUCCGGAUACUGAUUACAUCGACCCGUUGGAUAUAGAGUUGAAGGAACAUCCAGUUCAUUGUUCACAUGUUGAAUCAGAACCAGACGGUUUGCCUUGGUAUUUUGACAUAAAGAGAUACUUGGAAUCUGGGACAUAUCCAGAAGAAGCUACAUCUAAUCAGAAGAAAUCGAUACGUCGUAUGGCUCUUAAUUUUUUUCUGAAUGGAGAAGUCCUGUAUAGGAGGACUCUAGAUUUGGGUCUUUUAAGAUGCGUGGAUGCUGUUGAAGCUGUGAGGCUUAUUGAAACAAUACAUGCUGGAGUUUGCGCUUGGGGAAUGGAUGUCAUCAAUCCUAUAGAGCCGUCCGCUUCUAAUGGACACAGAUUCAUUUUGGUUGCCAUCGAUUAUUUUACCAAGUGGGUCGAAGCAGCCUCUUACAAGUCGGUGACCAAGAAAGUGGUGGCCGAUUUUGUCCUCAACAAUUUGAUAUGCAGAUUUGGAAUUCCAGAAUUCAUCAUUACUGAUAACGGUGAAAAUCUCAAUAGUCACAUGAUGAAAGAGAUAUGUGAACAAUUUAAGAUUAUUCAUCGAAGGUCAACUGCUUAUAGCCUUCAAAUGAACGGAGCUGUAGAGGCCGCCAACAAGAAUAUCAAAAAGAUUUUGAGAAAGAUGAUUGACAAAUAG